AUGAGAAUGGCAUUGCAGUCUAAGAAUAAAAUAAAAUUUGUUGAUGGAACUCUCAAGAUGCCAGCUGCCACAGAUCCAAUGUUUUCUGUUUGGGAAAGGUAUAUAUGGAAAGAUCUUAAGGAUCAGUUUUCUCAAGGAGAUGUGUAUCGGAUUUCUGACUUACAAGAAGAGAUAUAUGGUUUUAAGCAAGGUGAACAUUCUGUCACAGAUUACUUUACUCAUUUGAAAAUUUUAUGGGAUGAACUAGAGAAUAUUCGCCCUAUUCCUCAAUGUACUUGUGCAACUCCAUGUAUCUGUGAAGCUUUUGUUACUGUGAGAAAAUAUAGGGAAAAUGACUAUGUUAUCAGAUUCUUAAAGGGCUUAAAUGAUCAAUUCAGCAAUGUUAGGUCACAAAUUAUGCUGUUAGAAUCCUUGCCUUCCAUCAAUAGGGUUUUCUCUUUGGUGGUUCAACAAGAAAGACAUAUGAAUAUAGGAAUACUUACUGAACCAAAAGUGCUUGUUAAUAAGUCUAAUCCAGCUGGUUUUCAAAGGAAUGUAUAUGGCAGGGGCACUGAUACAACUAAUAGAAAGUUUGGGACUCAGAAUAAUAAUGAGACUUGUACAUAUUGUGGAAAACCAAGACACACAGAAGAGACAUGUUAUAGGAAGCAUGGAUUUCCUCUUGGUUUUAAAUUCAAGAAUUAUGAUGCCAAGAUUAAUAAUGACCUGAGUACCUUGAAGAAGAUUGAUACAGCUAGAGCUAAAGAUGCUUUAUAUGCAUUGGUAGAUCCUGCCACACCUUCAUUUUCUUUGUCACCUCCACCAGCACAUUCAGUUUCUAUUUCUGUAGUACAUUCAGCUUGCAAUCCUGCAUUCAAUCUCUGGCAUUUUAGAUUGGGUCAUCAUUCUACUACUAGACUUAAUGCAAUAAAGACCAAAUAUCCUGAUGUUACUUCAUUGUCUAAUAUACUUUCUCAAUAUUAUACUCAAUUUUCAACAAAAGUAAAGGUCAUUCGAAGUGAUAAUGGUUUAGAAUUUUCUAUGCCUCAUUAUUACUCUUCCAAAGGAAUUGAGCACCAAACAACCUGUGUUGAGACACCACAGCAGAAUGCUAUAGUGGAAAGAAAGCACCAGCACAUAUUAAAUGUUGCUAGAGCACUUUUAUUUCAAGCCAAUUUGCCCAAAAUUUUCCGGUCAUAUGCUGUUAUACACUCAAUCUAUCUUAUCAAUAGAUUGCUUACUCCAUUACUAAACAAUAAAUCACCAUAUGAAAUUCUUUAUACUACUCUACCAGAUAUACAUGAUCUAAGAGUGUUUGGUGCUCUAUGCUUUGCAUCUACCUUGACAGCCCAUAGAUCUAAGAUUGAUUCUCAAGCAAAAAAAUGUCUUUUUCUUAGCUAUAAAAGUGGCACUAAAGGAAAUAUUUUGUUUGAUCUUUCUACAAGGGAAAUUUUCAUUUCUAGACAUGUUAUUUUUUAUGAAUAA